UUUCGCCGUUAACUUGGCCACACGGUAUUUUUUAUAUUUUUUGUUGAUGACAUGGCAAAAAUAACUUAAAAAGACACUAAUUUGGACUUUUUUUGCGACAUGUCAUCUUUCUUUCUCAUCUUCACUCUCUGCAGAAUCAAUCUCCACUCCAUCUGCAGAGUCAAUUUUAACCCAUUUCUUCUUCUUCUCUAAAUGCUCUCUCAUCUCCACUCCUUUACAAAACCGAUCUUAACCCAUUUCUUUUUCUUCUCUUUUCUCAAGAGAACUUGAGAAAUUGAACCUAGCUACUGGGUUUCUCCACUCCAUCUGCAAAAUCAAUCUUAACCGAUUUCUUCUUCUUCUCUAAAUGCUCUAAUCAAUCAAACUCUCAAAUUUAUUAAUCAAACAAUAUCAAUCAAAUUCUAAUAAAAUUCCAAAAAUACAAUCAAAUUGUAAAUCAACUCUCAAAUUUAUUAACAACUAGAAAUGAAAAUCGAAAGAAGAAUGAAAAAACAUGAAUCCAUCAUCAAAAUAGCAAAACUGGCUUCAUUGGAACCCAGUUGGGUCUCGUCGAACCCAGCAGCUAGGUUCGGGGAAACCCAGCAAGGCUGGGUUCAACGAGACCCAGCAAGGUUCGUCAGAACCCAACCUUGCUGGGUUCGGGGAAACCUAGCUAGACGAACCCAACCUGCUGGGUUCCGACGAGACCUAGCAGGUUGGGUUCCGACGAGACCCAGCAGGCUGGGUUCGACGAGAUCUAGCAGGCUGGGUUUGACGAGAUCUAGCAGGCUGGGUUCAUCGCAGCCAUCGAAAGUGGAGACCCAAGGUAGGAAAGAAAGAAAGAGAAAGAAAGAAGGGGAAGAAGAGGGGAUUGGGUGGGUGAGGGUAGUUAGGUAAUUUUAUUUGUUUUUAUUUAAACUAUAAAUAUUAAUCUACAUG